AUGAGUGUAAAACACCCGUCUCUAAAUGUAAUUUAUGUUGCAGCGCUAAACGGAGGACUAUUUGUAUUAGACUCAGCUUCUCAGGUAUAAUUUUAGUACUUCAAUAUGACUUGCAAGAAAGUCUUCCUCAGAAAUGGCCAACUUUAUGCAUCAAUGGGUAAAGAAGGGUAUUCAAUAUUUUAAAUGAACCCACAAAAUGGCUUCUUAACCUUGGUUAUCAAUAACUAAAUAGGAAGUUCGGUUGAUAGCAUCUAUGUAGACUAAACAGCUUAAUUCAUUUACAUAGGAAGCGAAGGGUAUAUAUAUUUAAUUUAAGUAUCAGGUUAAGGCUAAAAGCAAACCGAUUAUGCUGUCUCUAUGCAUGUAGGAAUCUACUCAGGAGAGUCUAACUAUAUUUAUAGUACUUAAGAUGAGUAAUAUUUGAUGGUUGCCAAUUUGGGAAAUGGUGUUAGUGUGAUAAACAUCUCUUAGAAGAACUAACCUUAUUUAGUAUCUCAAAAGCUUCCAGAAUGGCAAGUUGUGGAUCUCAAAAUGGUUAGUAAAGGGUAGAUUGUUUAUGCCAUCGAAGAAUGGUAUGGGUUAUUUAUCGGGGAUUUCUCUUCACUCUACGUAAAUGAAAAUAUCUUCAAAGCAAAAGAUUAAGUAUGGGUUAAUCACCUUAGUUUUUAAGCUACUUCAAGAGCAAUAGAAGUAUCUUCAGAUGAAAAAUUCUUAUUUGUAGGACUAAGACAAAUAGGGGUUUAUAUAUUUGAUAUUUCAAGUAGCUAAAACAAACUGAACCCAAUUUUAAUAUAAAAAGUCUAAAUUAGUGGCUUGGCUAACCAUAUUUUUAUGUAUAAUUCAGAUAACUCUUUCCUCUAUUCCAAUGGAUGUUGUGUUUCAAUUACUAAUAAAGUAGAAGCAAAUUUCAACACUGAUAUUCCUAAUGUAUUUAACACUCACAUAUCUCGCAGCUUCUAAGUAUUAGAUGUAGAUACAAUUCCUUGGGAUUACAAAUAUUCUUCAAAUAGCUAAUAACUUUAUCUGGCGGCAGCCUUCAAUGGAUUACAGGUCUUCUAACUGCAAAAUAGCACUUUUCUUCCUCCAAUUAAGCUUUUCUCAUCUAAUUCUUAUCCCUCUACUAGUACAGAUACAGUUACUUUAAUAGAGGAAAAAAAUCUGCUCGUAUAAGGCAGUUCAGAAAAAGGAAUCAUAUUAUGGGACAUUAAAAAUUUAACCUCAAUUAAAAAAGUAGGAGAAUUUAAUCACCCUCUUCAAAACAGUGAUAGUGAUGGAAUAGUCUAUAAUUCAAAACUAGGUUGUUUGGCUAUUGCAAAUGGAUACUAAGGAGCUUAUUUAUUAGACAUUAAUGAUUUAAAUAAUUUAAAAAUGAUUAGUGAAAUAAAUGUUAUAGACUAUGAUAUGUAAGUUACAGCUGAGAGUAUUUUAAUGACUUAAGAUGCAAAUUACUUAGCCAUAUCUCUAAGAUAUUAUGGAGUAUUAAUAUUUAAUAUGAAAAUUCUUAAGAGUCCUAACCUUAUAAGUAAUUUCAUAACUUAUGGAGGGGAAAAAUGUAUAUUAAGCUAUGAUGAAAAUUACAUUUUCGUUAGUGAUGGCUAUAAAGGAAUUACAAUAAUAAACUUUGUUGAUAAGGAAAAUGCUUAUAUUUAAUCAAGCUUAAACCUAGGGGCACAGGCUUUAUAUGCUUAUUAGAGCAAAAUAAAUCAGAAUAUAAUUUAUGUAUCUUUAAUAGAAAAUGGAUAGCUAGCAGUUAUAGAUGUUUCAAAUAAAAGUAAUCCUUACAAAAUGGCUUAAAUAUAAUAUGGAUUUGAAAAAUCUUUCGCCCUGCGUGAAGCACCAAACCAACAAUUUAUAACUUAUUUAACUAGCAAUGGGUUACGCUUCUAAUCGAUAAGCUUCCCAAUAAAAAUACAUACAUAGAUCAGAAAGAUAAUAUAAAUUUAAUAGAAUCUCUAAAAAACUUUUAUCAUUGUCUCUUCAAAUGAAUAAUUUAAAGUUGGGGAAACUGUUGAACUAAUAUUCUCAUCAAUAUUAUUUAAUCAGUCUAUUAAAUUAGAAAAAAUUUUUUAUUACAAAGAAUUUUAAGUCACUUAAAUUGAAUAAUGGAUGUAGUUUAAUUAAGACAAGAAUAAGCUUAGAAUGACAAUAGAUAAAAAUGCCAUAUAAAAUAACAAUGGUUUGAAUAUCGUUCUAUUACAAAUACUAAUACAACUGAAUCAAACUUCAUUCAUUUCAUAAACCUACUCAAUUAAUCAAACUUAGUCCUCUUAAAUCUACCAAAAGCUCAAACAAAGAGCUAUAUUGAACGAUAAUGACUAUCUAAAUUUAAAUAACUUCUAACUAAAUUCAAACUUUUAUAUAGAUUUAGACAACACUCCUUAGUACAGCAAUAUUACAGCAACUUAAGAUUAUAUUAAACAAAUCUUAUUAUAAUCAAUUUAUUACCAACCUAUAAAAUUUAACGUUGUUUCUAGUCUAGUUUUAAAUUUAAUUUACUCAGAAAAUAAUUAACCUAUUUCUACAAUUUCAUAAACUGUGAAAAUUAUUAUCUAAAUAUUUGAUGCCUAAUCUUAUUUCAUAGAGAAUACGGUUGCUCUUUAAGCACAGAUAAGCAUGUCCUAGGAUUUUAAAUCAGUUGUUAUUGAAGGCCAAACAAUAGAUGUGAAUCAGAUUCUUUUAGAUGGAGUUGAAGCUGUAUUUUAUUAAUAAAUUGAUUAAAUUUUAGUGUAAGUUACCCUCAUAGAUAACAUCAAUUUUGAUGUAGUUCAAACUUAUAAAGUUUCCUAAUUAUAAUUUCUCAAAAAUGCAAAACAGAUUAACAACUAUAACUCUCUGAAAUAGUAAUUUGAAGAUUAAAUCAGCGAACAACUGACAGUUGAUAAAGUAUACACAUUUACAUUCUCAAGCAACACUUUUUAGUAUCUGCUACCUUAGCAAGAAGGUUUACAAUUUUAGGCAUUUAUAAAAAAAGACUCAAAUACUUAUGUCAAUAUAUAAGACAUUGACUGGAUUGAUUUUGAUUCUAGUAAUAGAUAGUUUAAAUGGUAAGGAAGUUUAUCAUAGCUUUCAAAGAGAUAUACAAUAGUUAUCAACGCCACUCUUACCAACUCAAAUAAAUAUUGGGCUGAAGAUUCUUUUGAAAUUCAUUUUGAGAGGAUACCUGUCGAAUUAAUUGUCAUGAUAUGCUUAAUAAGCUUUUUCUUUGCUUUAGUUAUUCUUAUAUUAUAUUGUUAUAGAGCUAAAAUUUAAUAUUUUAGAUAUUUUGAAAGAUACAGCUAUUCAAGUGAACCUGCAAUAGUCAAUAAAAAUUUCUAUAAAAUUAUUAUGCUUAUUCCUAACUAUCUAGGGGAAUUUCAUAAGCUUUGGUAGUAAUUUAUAAAAAACGAAAAAAAAGAGAAUAAAAGUGUGAAAUUAAACUUUAAAAAAUAUUUAACACCUUAAUCUAAAGAAAUUGAUGUGCAGCUUUUAAUAGACAAGCUUAAGAGCAUAUAUGAAUUAAAUAAACAUUUUUAUUCCAAACUAAAAGAUUAAGAAUUCAAAGUUACCAAUUUUAGGCUUUCGAAUUUAGUGAGAGGUGCCUUUUCAAGGUAAAUGCUAUAAGAAGAUUUAGCUACAUUAGAAGUUUAUCAAUAGUUAAAAGCUAUUGCAUAGAAAAAAGGAUUUCGCAAAGAUUGGUAUAAAUAUUACACUAAGAUUGUUUACCCUGAAAAGAUUAAUGAAAAAGUACCUGUGCUUACAAUAGAAGAGAGUAACAGCCAUACUAAUGUUGAUUCGUACAAUAUGUCUUAAUUGGAGUAAAACUUUCCAAUUAUUAUUAUUGACGAAAGCAAAAUAAUAUUUACCUUAGAAGAGGCGAAUUCAAAUUAAAUGGAAAAAAAUAAUUCUUAUAACCACUAAUUACUAUUCGAAAAUAUAAAAUCAGAAGGAUAUGGUUACGUGAAUAAAGCAAUUAAGAGAUAAGAACCCAGUUAUGGAGAGGCAAUACACAUUUUACAUUCUAACAUUAAAAAAAUUGUUGCUUUCAAAAAAAGAGCAGAAGAAUCUAGAUGUAUUUGCUUUCCAAAGAUUCGUUAAAAGUUUUUCUUGGACUUUUAAGAAAUUUAGAAUGUAAAAAACUCAAAUCUGCCUGAAUGGCUAAAGUGUGAAGUUACAUAGAGUUCUAUAAUUUUGAGUGGAAAACCUAGCUCGUAAGAUGUUGGAGAUAUCCUGAUCAGAGUUUAUGAUAAAAACAAUUACAUACUCAAUUAAUUCUUUAUAAAUGUACGUAAAAUGCGCAAACAAACUUAUGUUAACCCUGAAUUAGAGGCAUAUUAAAUUAGUAACCGUCAGCAAAUGCCUCCUCUUUCCCAACAAUUAUUAGUUCCAUAACAUAGUAAGUUAUCAAAUUAGUUUUAGGGGUUAGUUCCAAAUAAAGUUGUAAGUUCAGUUGGAGGAUCUGGAAUUUUAAAUACUAAUACCUACUAUUAAUAAUCUCCCCACACAGUUAACACAAAUUCUCCUCUGCAACUAAACUAAUCUUCAAAUCAAGUCAUUCAGGCUUAAGGACAGAAAAGAAUUUUAAGAAAUCAUUCUAAAAAAAGCUCUUAAAGAUAUUCAAUAAAGUAAUAUAAAUAGUUAUUAAACGGAAAUGGAGAUUUGAAUAUGAUCAGAUUAAAAUCAGAUAAUUAAAUUAAAGAUAAUUCAAUUGUUACUGAAAACCACAAAAAGAACUCCGAUGAUUAUAUUUAUAGGAAAAAUAUGUAGUCUCCAACAUAUCAAGAUUCUCCAACUUUAGAGAACAUUCAAAUAAAAUAGUGUAAUAACCAAGAUAAAAAUGGCAUAACUAAUUAUAGUAGUAGUAGUUAAAUGCUUCAUUUAUAGGCCUAAGAAAACAAUGAUAUUAGAGCCAUAAAGGAAGAAAAUCUAUUAAAACUAAAAGGAGACAAUAACUAUGAUAGUUUAGACCCAGAAUAAAUCUUCAGUAAACCCAUGAAACACUUUAUGAAUAAUUACAACCAUCACCAUCCUAUUGAUAAUGAAACUAUUUAAGAAGAGCUUCAAACAAACUAAAAAGAUUAAAACAAGUCUCACUCUUCAUUCAAUUUCAAUCAAAAUAGUAGGUACAAAUUUUCGACUUCUAAUGCUUAACAUUAAGAAGAUUAAAGUUCAAUUUCUCAAUACAAAAGCUACCAAGAAAGCUAUGAUUUUGAAAAAUCUUUAGGUUUAAUGUCAUGCGAGCAAAUUGAUGUCAAUAGCCCAAAACUCACUCAAUUUAAACCAAUAUCUAUAAAACAGUUAAAUUAAAUUCCAUCAAAUGAAAAUAUAGCUUGA